AUGGACCCAUCUUGCAACGAGUGUAUCAAGGGCAGCAUUCAUGCUGGCCUUCCUCAAGGCAAAGAAGAAAUGAUCCACGGUCUCAACACCUACGUGAUCGGCAAUCGCACCGAUCCGAAGGCCAUCAUCGUCAUCUACAGUGACAUCUUUGGCCUCGCUCUCCCCAACAACAAGCUCAACGCCGACGCCUACGCCAAAAGCGGAGAGUACCUCGUCUACCUCCCCGACUUUUUCAAGGGCGACCCUGUACCGCUCAAGGUUGCGGACCUUCUCAUCCCAGUGGACGGAACCAAAAUGGGGUCGCUCACCAAAUAUACGGGACUGCUUGCUAGUGCCCCCUCCUUUGCAUUGUGGUUCAUGAGGCACAAGCAGGGUCCAAGCGACAAGCUCUGCAUGGACUUCCUAGAGUCCUUGAGACGGGCUACGCCCAAGAGCCAGAAGAUCGGAAUGGUGGGACAGUGCUGGGGUGGGAAAUAUGCUAUCAGAGCAGCUCUAGAGAGCAAGAUGGUUGACAUUGAUGGCGCCAAGACGCCACUCAUUGAUGCAGCAGUCGCUCUGCAUCCCAGCAACCUGGUGCUCCCGGAAGAUGUCGAGUUUCCUGUUGUACCUGUGAGUAUCGGAUGGGGAGUGCAGGACAUCGGUGUCAGCUAUAAAUUGAAGGGUCAGAUUGAGGACAUCCACGCGAAAGCUAGGGAGGCCGGGAAGAAGCUGCCCGAGCUCCAACACAAGUCCUACACCCCGGGACGGCAUGGCUUUUCUGUCAGAGGCAAUUUGGACGAUCCUCAGGAGAAGAAGGCUCUGGAGGACUCUUAUGAGCAGGUCUUGGCCUGGUUCAAGACUUGGCUCUGA